AUGGCCAGCCUAUCGCCUAUUUCCGAAUCCCCUUCCUCUAUCCACUCUCACGCUUCCGUCGGUCAUGUCGGAAUCACUAUCCCUUCCAUACCUACAAAACCCCACAGCACUACUACCGGUAAAACCACAAAAUCGAAACCUAGAAAAAGAGUCAACACCGCUGAGAAGAGAUCUCAACAUAAUGCCAUUGAGCGAGCCCGACGAGAAACCCUGAAUGGAAAAUUCUUAUCAUUGGCUAGACUCUUGCCUUCCCUCGCAACUGUUAGAAGACCAAGUAAAUCUGCAAUUGUUAAUGGAUCGAUCUCUCAUCUCACUCACCAACGAGAUCAACGAUUGCUCGCUGCUAGAAUUUUGAAGGAGAUGAAAGCCGAACGAGAUGAUCUCCUGAAAGAAGUCAACGAAUGGAGAAAGAUGAAUGGUUACUCACCUAAGGAAUCUGCCAACGAAUACACCGAUGAAAUUGAUCAGAUCAACUCAGUCGAGAAAGAGUCAUUCGGUGAUUUCUCCGCUAUGGACGGUGAUAAUGAUGAUCAAGAUCAAGAAGAGGAAGAUACCCCUUCAACCAACGAUCCGUACGACAGUAACAAUAACAACAUCGCUGCGAUUCACGGUAAUUUCACUCAAUCGAAUGGGUUGAUCACUCCUCGAUCAUCUACCGAUAACGAUUUGACUUUACAACAGAGUCUCUACCCGUCGACUUCUCCUAUCGAUCAACGAAUUCCUACCGUUCCCACUCCUGUUUCUGCAGCCGGUAACACUACGGGUAUCAACUGGUCGACUGAAUUUGCCUUAAACUUGAAUCAACAAAUGAGUAACCCUACCCCUUCUACCGCGAAUGGUCAAAUGACUUUUGUUGAUACGCCUACUCAUUCUUCAUCGCCAAUCAACAUUGUCAGUCCGACAUCUGACCCUGCUCAUGGCAUGUACCCUCAUCAUACCCCAUCACCAGGGUCGAGCCAUUCAUCCUCUGUUGAACCUAUCGUCAAUGUUACCAAUGGUUCUGGGGGACUACCGAACGGAUGGAACUCCCAACAAUUAGCGAUGUUAGAGCAACAUGCCGCCCAAGCUCAUACAAUCAUGAGAGAACAUCAUCAAGCUCAACAACAACAAUUGUUCAACCCCAUGGUUGGAAAUACAUUCAAUGCGAUGUUCCAUUCUGCUCCCACUAUUCCAUCAUCUGCUACUGCUACUGGAUUGAACUCGUUCAACGGUAUGGGACAUGGGAUGAGCAUGGAACUCACUCAACAAAUGCUAUCCACCAUGUUCCCUCGUUCUGAGACCAACCAAGUGUCAGUUCAGGAUAUCCAUAAUGCCAUCAGAGCAGGUAUGGGUCUAGGUAUGGGAAUGGGUAUGAACUUUGGUUCUGCCAACGGUGGUAACAACAGUCCAUGGACUCCUACUCAAGCUUAA